AUGACAAUUGAGUUGGAUAAGAGAAGAAACGAGCUACAUGUAUUGAAUGUAAAGGCUUGGGAAGGAGACUUCACAUAUGAAACUGUCUCAAAACUAGAUUCCUCAUUGAAGAAGAAUUCUACAUUCAUAAAAAAAGUAAAAUCAAUCAGCAAUGAGUCAUCACUGUCAAUACUAAAAGAUAUUCAAACAUUAUCUAUUGAGAAAUAUUUAAGUGAAGUACUAACUUCGUUGACUGAAGCUUUGUCAAAAGUUUCCAAGAGUGAUGACAUCUUAGCCGCCAUGGAAAUUGUUUCUGCUUUGCAUCAAAGAUUUACUUCCCAGUUUUCUCCAAUGCUUUUGGUAAAUAUAAUGACAGCAAUGUCUAACCCAGGUCCCACCCAAGUGAUGGACGAAAAAGAGGAAACAGCCCGUAUCUCGAGACAAAAAAAUCUCUCGAAAUUAACUAUGGAGUUUUAUUUAAUCGGAAUCUUCACCAAUUUGAAAAUGUGCAGUAAAGACACUAUACCUGAUGAAAUAUUGGUAAAGUAUGGAAAAUCAGCAUCAGAGCCCAUUAUACUUGUUGUGCUAAAGGAUUUGUUGAACUACAAAAUUAAACUGGGAAACACUUUAGUAAUAGUUCAGUCUUUUUUAAAAAGGUUUCACCACAUAAUCUAUGAUUCUAAUAAUGAACUAUUACAGUUUGAGGUGAGAAAUGUGCUUCAACAAAUUUUCACAAUUUAUACUAGGGCAAUUUUUGAAACACUGGUUGAGUUGAAAAAGAGAGUACACCAAGUGACUGAGAAAAGUAAAAAGGCGUCAAUCAGAACUGGUCGCAUAUUGGAGGAAAACCAGAUCGAGUUAGAAAAUGUCACCAAGCUAUUUGAAAAGUUCAAGUCUACUUCUGAGUUUGUAUCGUCUAUUCUUGAUAUUCCCUUACCAAACGAGCUUCAACAACAUGACCAAGAUAAAGAGGAAGAGGAGCCGACAAAUACCGUAGUGGAAGUUGUUAAAUCCAAAUCUAUGAAUGAAGACGAUCUUAAUGGUGUUUGGGAAGAUGUCAAGGAAAAGAAUUUCUACACUGUAAUCCCUCUGGUAGGAGAGCUAAUCGAGGCACAUCCAAACACAGAUGAAGAAUCACGGUCAUCACAAUCUCGAGAUGGGGAAAGAAUUCAAGCGUUUUUGCAAAAAAUGGAAAACAUUAACUCAUACGAAUUGGAUCAAUUAGUGAUUGAGUUCAACAACUUGAAUUUGAAUAAUAAGGCAACCAAAAACAGAAUUAUGAAAUUUUUCGUGGAAGCAGCAAGCAUUGACAGCUUGAAGUACUACACCAGGUUUCUUAAAAUAAAUGAGAUGAACCUAUCCGACUUGAUUGAAGAAUUAAUCAACUAUUUGGACAAAGGUUUUAGAUCGCAACUUUAUCAAAACAAAUUGAAUUUUAAGAAUAUUUUGUUUUUUGUUGAAAUGAUUAAGUUCAAAAUGAUUCCAACUCACAUAAUAUUCCACAAAAUCCGUAAAUUGACUUUGAAUAUCACUUCUACAAACAACAUCGAUAUCCUUUCUGUAUUUUAUGAACAUGUGGGUCGAUUCUUGUUAAAUGAUCCUGACUAUAAAGAUUUGAUGCGAGAAAUGAUAGAGAUGUUAAGGGAAACACUGAAGAGACCUAAUUUAAAAAUUAAUGACAAGCUAGCAAUAAAUAACUUACUUCUUAUUGUUGAACCCCCAACAACAAAGGUGAAAUCCUUACAGACGAAACCCGAACUAUCGCCAAAGCUGCAAUUUAUCCAAAGGUUAAUCAGGGUCGAAUUGAACAACACCUCACUCCCAUUGGUAGUGAAUUUGUUAAAAAAAAUUCACAUGAAACAAGAGAAGGAAUGUUGUGAUACAAUUUUAGACUGCUUUGCUCAUCCUGAAUUGAUUAAUUAUGACAAUAUUCCAGCAUUAGCCGCUGUUUUGGAAGCAUAUUUUUCUAAAUAUAAGAAAAUCGUUGUUUAUACUGUUGACACCACAAUCGAAAAUAUCAUCCGAGGAUUGGAACUUAAUGAUUAUAGAAUGAAUCGAGUUAGAAUGGCACAGGUCAAAUUUGUGGCGGAAAUGUACAACCAUAGGGUGAUAAAUUUCAAACUUAUUAAUGAUUUAUUGUACCGAAUUCUUUGUUUUGGUCACCCAAAUAACCAGCCUUUACCGGAUAACUGGGACGUUGAAAUUGAUUUACCAGAUAAUUACUUCAGAAUCCAAUUGUGUUGUUUAUUGUUGAAUAAUUUGAAAUCUAUUUUUAUUGAUACCGAUAUUCCUUCCAAAAAGAAAGCACAAAACCGUGCUGUUGAAUUGAAGAAGAGGAAUGACAUAAAUAAAGAUUUAUUGGGCGUUUUUAUAACCUUUUUGCAAUAUUACUUGUUUUGCAAGGAAAAACCAUUACCCGUUGAGCUAGAUUUUAAAUUAAAUGAUUUAUUUGCCAAAUACAAGAGUAUACCCACCGUUAAGCGUUAUGACACUUUACAAGAGAUAGGGAAGAGACUUCAGGAACUGAUUCAGAGAAAGAGAGAAGCAGAGUCUUAUUUAGACAACAGUGAUGAAGCGUUGGUGGUUGAUGACGAUGAUGACGAUGAAGACGUUGCUGAAGAUUAUGACAAUACUGAUGACAUUGACUUAGAUGAAGAUGAAGGUGACGAGGAAGAUGAAGAUGACGAAGAUGGCGAGAGCGAAGAAGAUAAUGAUGAUGAGAGUGAAUGUGAAGAUGACACUAGUGACAUUGAAAACAAUGGAGUUUCUGAAGAAGACAGAAUGCGUUUAGAAGCUGAAAAAAAGUUUAUGGACGACCUUGAUAAGGAAUACCAAAAGAUUUUGAUCGAUUCUUAUGAUAAAUCUUCAUCCCAGACUUCUUCCAAUAGAAAGAAGUUAUUAAUGCCAACACCGCGGAAGAUAUUUGUUGAAAAAAACCAAGUAACUCCUUCAACUGACAAAAGCAAAGUUUCCUUCGGAUUGCUCACUAGAAAAGGCAAAACUACAGAUAUCAAGCAGCUUCAACUACCAAGUGACACUAAGUUUGCCGAGUCGGUAUUAAAGGAAAAAGAACAUCAGCGACAAGAUCGUGAACGAAUUAUGAAAUUGGUUUCCAAUAUGGAAUAG